AGAGAACCUAGUGAAGGUACCAUUUUUCAGCUACAGACCUUUUUGGUGACUUCCAGAGUCAAUCAUUUACACGUAUUUCAUUUAAAGAAAUGUUGGUGACGUUAGCACCUAGCCAUCAUUCGUGUAGCACAACAAACUCCCGACGCCUAAAAUCAUCGACACUCUUCGGGAUACGAUCAUCCACGUCAUCAACCCACUCCAUGGACGCCUCCCAACAACACCCCAAACGCGUGGUGGUUUGCGGCGGCGGUGUCAUCGGAGUUUGCACCGCCUAUUUCUUAUCCCAAAAAGGAGCCUCAGUCACCCUCGUCGAGAAAUCAUCCAUAGCCUGUGCUGCCUCGGGAAAAGCGGGAGGAUUCCUAGCACUUGAUUGGUGCGACGGCGGACCACUCUCCUCCCUCGCACGCGCCAGCUUCAAUCUCCACCGGCGACUCUCUGAGGAACUCAACGGCUCCCAAUCCUACGGCUACCGUCCUCUCACCACUCUCAGUCUCACCGUUUCUGAACCAACUUCUUCGUCAGGCCCAUCUCAUAAAAGUCCAGGCCCAAAACUUCCUUCUUGGGUUAAUGGCCCUGCUAAGACCCCACGCACCAUUGGGACAACACAGACGACGGCCCAAGUUCAUCCUCAGCUGUUCACCAGAACGCUUCUGAACAAGGCCGUCCAAGAUUAUGAUCUCACGGUGGUGAUAGGGAAGCUGGAGGCGGUGCAGGUGGCGGAAGGGAAAGCCAACGCGGUGGUGCUGGAGGGAGGAAGAACGCUUGAGGCGGACGCCGUUGUUCUAGCUCUUGGUCCGUGGACAAGUAAAUUGCCUCUGUUAUCAUCGGUUUUUAGAGUUUAUGGGACUAAGGCCCAUAGUAUUGUUUUAGAGCCCAAUGAUCCAGAUGCAAUCACCCCGCAUGCUCUGUUUCUGAGCUACCUUCCAGCCCAAGGUGGGAAACCUUUGGACCCUGAAGUCUAUCCACGCCCAACAGGGGAAGUGUAUAUUUGUGGAAUGUCAGCUGAGGAUGAGGUUCCAGAUGAUCCGGAAAGUAUAGAACCGGUGGCUGAUUCAAUUAGCGUGCUGAAAACGGUGGCCAAAAAUGUGUCAAGUUAUUUAAGUGAAGAAGAAGGUGGUGCGAGAGUAAAAGCAGAGCAAGCAUGUUUUUUGCCGUCCACCGAUGAUGGGAUCCCUGUGAUCGGAGAAGUACCCGGCGUGAAUGGGUGUUUCGUGGCAACUGGACAUAGUUGUUGGGGAAUCCUUAAUGGUCCGGCCACCGGUGCUGCGGUGGCUGAACUUGUGCUUGAUGGUCAAUCUAGCAUUGUUGAUUUAACUCCCUUUAGUCCAUCAAGAUUUACUUUUGCUAGGAAGAGGCGGUAGGCUGGUAAUAUGGUAGCGUUGUUAUUCCAAUUAGUAGACUCUGUUUCUGGGCUUUUUACUUGUUGUAAUUGUGAGAUUACGGUUGUGUUUCAUGUGAAAUUCACGUUAUCCAUCAAAUUAUACAGCAACCAGACAUUUUAUCUUCGUCUUCAGUUAACAAUGUUGUAAGAUAUUGUAAUAUACAAAAAAAAUGCAGUUGCCCAGAUCAAAACUGGAUUUUCUUUGCUGGACUAAUAAAAUUAUUUGUAUAUAAGUUUGAU